CCAACACGGUGACACUCCAUCUCUAUGAAAAAUACAAAAAUUAUCAGGCAUGGUGGUGAGCACUUGGAAUCCCAGCUACUUGAGAGGCUGAGGCAAGAGAAUCUCUUGAACGUGGAGGUGGAGUUGCUGUGAGCCAAGAUAGUGCCACUGUACUCCAAAGCCUGAAUGAAAGAACAAGACUCUGUCUUAAAAAAAAAUUUGGUACGUGCUUCUUGGACACCAUGUCUCACCUGCCGAUGAAACUCCUGCGCAGGAAGAUCAAGAAGCGGAACCUCAAAUUGCGGCAGCAGAACCUAAAGUUGCAGCAGUGGAACCUGAAGUUGCAGGGGGCCUCAAAUCUGACCCUAUCGGAAACUGAAAAUGGAGAUGUGUCUGAAGAAACAAUGGGAGGUAGAAAGGUUAAAAAAUCAAAACAUUCUAUGAAUGUGGGCUUCUCAGAAGCCCAAAAUGGAGAUGUGUCUCAAGAAGCAGUGGAAAAUAUAAAAGUUAAAAAAUCUUCCCAGAAAUCCAUCGUCUUAACCAAUGGGGAAGGAGCAAUGCAGUCUCCCAAUUCAGUAUUGAAAAAGAAAAAGAAGAAGAAAAAGAGAAAACUGGUGAAUGAUGCUGGGCCUGAUACAAAAAAAGCAAAAACCAGAAACAAAGGGGAAUCUGAAGAUGAAAGUGCUGAGAUUCCUAAAGAAACAGAAAAUAAUGUGGAGAAGCCAAAUAAUGAUGAAGAUGACAGUGAGGUGCCCAGCCUGCCCCUGGGACUGACAGGAGCUUUUGAGGAUACUUCAUUUGCUUCUCUAUCUAAUCUUGUCAAUGAAAACACUCUGAAGGCAAUAAAAGAAAUGGGUUUUACAAACAUGACUGAAAUUCAGCAUAAAAGUAUAAGACCACUUCUGGAAGGCAGGGAUCUUCUAGCAGCUGCAAAAACAGGAAGUGGUAAAACCCUAGCUUUUCUCAUCCCUGCAGUUGAACACAUUGUUAAGUUAAAGUUCAUGCCCAGGAAUGGAACAGGAGUCCUUAUUCUCUCACCUACUAGAGAACUAGCCAUGCAAACUUUUGGUGUUCUUAAGGAGCUAAUGACUCACCACGUGCAUACCUAUGGGUUGAUAAUGGGUGGUAGUAACAGAUCUGUGGAAGCACAGAAUCUUGUUAAUGGGAUCAACAUCAUUGUGGCCACACCAGGCCGUCUGCUGGACCAUAUGCAGAAUACCCCAGGGUUUAUGUAUAAGAACCUGCAGUGUCUCGUUAUUGAUGAAGCUGAUCGUAUCUUGGAUGUUGGGUUUGAAGAGGAAUUAAAGCAAAUUAUUAAACUUUUGCCAACACGUAGACAGACUAUGCUCUUUUCUGCCACCCAAACUCGAAAAGUUGAAGAUCUGGCAAGGAUUUCUCUGAAAAAGGAGCCAUUGUAUGUUGGUGUUGAUGAUGAUAAAGCUAAUGCAACAGUGGAUGGUCUUGAACAGGGGUAUGUUGUUUGUCCUUCUGAAAAGAGAUUCCUUCUGCUCUUUACAUUCCUUAAGAAGAACCGAAAGAAGAAACUUAUGGUCUUCUUUUCAUCUUGUAUGUCCGUGAAAUACCAUUAUGAGUUGCUGAAUUACAUUGAUUUACCCGUCUUGGCCAUUCAUGGAAAGCAGAAGCAAAACAAGCAUACAACCACAUUCUUCCAGUUCUGCAAUGCAGAUUCAGGAACACUGUUGUGUACAGAUGUGGCAACAAGAGGGCUGGACAUUCCCGAAGUCGACUGGAUUGUUCAGUAUGACCCCCCCGAUGAUCCUAAGGAAUAUAUUCAUUGUGUAGGUAGAACAGCCAGAGGCCUAAAUGGGAGAGGGCAUGCCUUGCUCAUUUUGCGUCCAGAAGAAUUGGGUUUUCUUCACUAUUUGAAACAAUCCAAGGUUCCAUUAAGUGAAUUUGAAUUUUCCUGGUCUAAAAUUUCUGACAUUCAGUCCCAGCUUGAGAAAUUGAUUGAAAAGAACUACUUUCUUCAUAGGUCAGCCCAGGAAGCAUAUAAGUCGUACAUACGUGCCUAUGAUUCCCAUUCUCUGAAGCAGAACUUUAAUGUUAAUAACUUAAAUUUGCCUCAGGAUGCUCUGUCAUUUGGUUUCAAGGUGCCUCCCUUUGUUGAUUUGAAUGUCAACAGCAAUGAAGGCAAGCAGAAAAAGCGAGGAGGCAGUGGCGGAUUUGGCUACCAGAAAACCAAAAAAGUUGAAAAAUCCAAAAUCUUUAAACAUAUUAGCAAGAAAUCGUCCGACAGCAGGCAGUUUUCUCACUGAAGACAUGCCUUUCUUUCAUCUUGAAUAACUUUGUCCUAAAUUAAAUUUUUUUUACCACUUGAUUUAACAGAAUUUUUGUAGCCUUUAGAAUUUGGACUUCGUUAACAAGAGUAUAAAUUGACUUGGGUUGCAAGCACUGAGCACUGUUCCUUCUAUCAAGUCUCUCUUUUAUUUUUGAGAUACAAAACAGGCAUUGUUUUCUUGGUUGCCCAAGGGCAGAGCAAAGAAUAUCUGGUCUUUCUUAUGAA